CUUGCCGAGAGCCGCCGAGUCACUGCCUCCUCCGGGCCGUGAGGUGGAGGAGUAGCAGUCGCAGCAGUGUGCAGUCGGAUGUUGACAGGCCUGCUGCUCCGCCCGAGCUGUGGCCGCUGCCGCUAUCACGUUUCUAGCAGUGUCCACAUCUAGAACUUUCCUGUUACACCAGAAACACUGUCCGCAUCCGCAGCAAACCCAUGGCAACCGAACGCAGCUUCCCCGAUAGCUUCAUUGACGAAGAUCCACAGAAAGCCCUGGAGGCACUUAAUGAGGCCUUGCAGGAAGACGCUGACAACGCUGAGUGGUUUUGCCAGCGUGCUUAUGCCCACAUCCUUCUGGAAAACUACAGCUGUGCCGCUGAUGAUGCCAAGAAAGCACAACAGCUACAAUCCAGCCUUCCCCUUGCUUUCAUGCGAACAGGAAUAGCAGAGUACUACCUGAACCACUAUGAGUCAGCACACGCAGCCUUCACUCAGGGACACCAACUGGAUGUUUCAGACAAAUCAUAUGAGAUCUGGAUCAAGCGGUGUGAGGAGAUCAUGGGGGAUCAGACACAGAAUGGCAGCGUCAACAGGCAGACACCAGCAGGUCCACCUGUGAAACAUGACUGGUACCAAACAGAAUCUCAAGUUAUUGUCACAGUGAUGGCAAAAAACGUACCCAAGGAUGGUGUGUGUGUCAACUUCAUGGAAAAAGAGCUCGAUGCCAAGAUACAGCUGGCAUCAGGGGAGUACUACAACUUCCACCUCUACCUCCUGCACCCCAUCGUCCCUCAACAGAGCAACUUCAAGAUCCUCACCACCAAGGUGGAGAUCAAGAUGAAGAAGACAGAUGCCAUCAGAUGGGAGAAGCUAGAGGGAGAAGGACAGGAGUCCAGCAUCAAGCACUUCAAUCCUACGGAUCAGUACCCAUCAUCGUCCCACUACACCCGCAAAUGGGACAAGAUGGUGGUGGACAUCAGUGAGGAGGAGAAAAACGAGAAGCUGGAGGGAGAUGCGGCGCUCAACAAGCUCUUCCAGCAGAUCUACUCAGAUGGCUCAGACGAGGUCAAGCGAGCCAUGAACAAGUCCUUUAUGGAGUCAGGUGGUACAGUCCUGAGCACCAACUGGAAAGAUGUGGGCAAGAGAAAAGUGGAAAUGAGCCCACCAGACGAUGCAGAGUUCAAGAAGUACUGAGCAACCCCCACCCCCCUCUCUUUUGUUUGACAUCAUCUUUCUUCACAAUUGUCCAUCAGAGCUCCAGCGGGAGUCCUCCUUGCUCUGCAGUCUCCGCGGCCAUCCACUUCCUCCCCUCAGUUAUGUCGUCCCUCUGGUGUUUUCACGCCGCGUUAGUGCAGGGAGCCUCGUUGUUCCCACUGUCACUCGUCAAAACCACACACGACCUACUCUCUGCAAUAGCUUAAUUCCAGAUGGAGUCAGUUCAUUUGAAUAAUCUGUUGAACAGAUUCAUUUCCAUUAUCUGAUUUUUUUUUUUUUUUUAAAGGCCAAUGGACUCAAAAGGGAACUGAGGUCUGGAUUCAAAUGUGACUGAAUGACCUGAAAUGCUCAAAUUCAACCAUCAGAUUCUUAUUUUCUCUCAAAGUUUUCUCAGAACACCCACAGCCUUUCUUUUCAGGAGCCUUUGAUGACUCUCUAUUAUCAGCACUUGUAUAAAAAUGUAAAAAAAAAAACUGAAAAAAAACGAACCAAUUGAGAUAUUUAAAUGAAAAUUAUGAAUGCAUUUCUUGGCUCAUACAGUUUUUUUUCUUAUACACUCAGUAGAAAGUCAACAGCAAUACUCUGCAAACUGACUAGUGUGGAAUCUGUGUGAAAUGUCAGCCAGUGGCUUAGCACUGGCCAGGAUCAGUUUGAUUCCAGCUACAGUGUAAAUAAAGGAUUUGUUGUUCGGCUUA